UAAAACACACAACUAAACUUUGGAACCUUGUGAACACACCCACCCUUUAUUUUCGCAUUCGAAGUUGCGUUAGCACAUUCGUUGUGGAAUUCGAAGACCACACCCCCUUUUCUUUCCUUUUCCUGUUUUUGACACGUAUUUGAAAGUCUGCUGCUAUGUGUGGAAUUUUUAUCUUCCUAGGAGCUUAUAAAUAAGCCAGGGAAAGCCACUAAGAUAUUCCCAUCUUCAUUUCUUCAUUUAUUUAUAUUGUGUGCUUUUGAUCUUGGAGCAAGACUUCAAUUCAUAUACACCAAAGACACAUACUAUCUUCAUAAGCAAAGGACUCAAAGUAAUAGUUUUCUACAAAAAAAUUGAAGUUUGGGGGGGGAUCUACAUCUCUAUGGGAUUAUCACUUUCCUUACUCUCAUCAGCCUGGGAAGAAAUCGUUAGACAUUCACUAUUUGGUCUGUCUUUGAACUUCACUUUUGGUUCCAAAGAUGGGGCUAUGAUUUUGAGAUCAGGUAGCUUCAAGAUAAGAGAAUCAGAAACUACUUCAAAGGGUGCCUCUACCACCAACUUUUCAAGCAAAUUGACGGAUUGCAGGCCCGAACACAUGGUCCUCGAACCAAACCUUUCGUGCAUUAAAGAUAUGGAGAUCAUGGAAUCAAAGAGCAGUGAACAACAAUUGCAGCACCAGCCUGUCCCUGUUCUCUCUCUGCCUAAAGAAGUGGUUUUCUCUUCGCCAAGACCGGUUAGUGAGCUUGAUGCUGCGGCUACUAAGCUUCAAAAAGUCUACAAGAGUUACCGCACUAGAAGAAACCUUGCAGAUUGUGCUGUUGUGGUGGAAGAACUCUGGUGGAAGGCAUUAGACUUUGCUUCUCUUAAACGGAGCUCUGUUUCAUUCUUUGAUGUGGAGAAACACGAAACCGCCGUGUCACGGUGGACAAGAGCAAAGACAAGAGCAGCUAAGGUUGGAAAAGGUUUGUCUAAGGAUGAUAAGGCACAAAAAUUGGCCUUGCAACAUUGGCUCGAAGCUAUUGACCCACGUCAUCGCUAUGGGCACAAUUUGCACAUGUAUUACGAUACUUGGUUUGAAAGCCAAAGCACCCAACCAUUUUUCUACUGGUUGGAUGUUGGAGAUGGUAAAGAAAUAAAUCUUGAGAAAUGCCCAAGGACCACCCUUCAACGCCAGUGCAUUAAAUAUCUAGGACCAAAAGAAAGGGAAGAGUAUGAAGUAAUUGUUGAAAAAGGGAAGCUGGUGUACAAACAAGAUGGGAGGUUUGUGGAUACUAAUGGAAAUUCCAAAUGGAUAUUUGUUCUUAGCACAACAAGGUCCUUGUAUGUGGGGCGCAAGCAGAAGGGUGCAUUUCAACACUCUAGCUUUCUAGCUGGGGCUGCUACAACAGCUGCAGGAAGAUUGGUGGCUCAGCAAGGUGUACUUGAGGCUAUUUGGCCAUACAGCGGUCACUAUCACCCCACAGAAGAGAACUUCAAAGAAUUCAUAAGCUUUCUUGACGAGCACAAGGUGGACCUUUCUAAUGUCAAGAAAUGUGCCGUAGAUGACGAUGCUCCUUCAAUUGUUGGGUCCAAUUCAUUUAUUGACAUUAAUGAAUCACAACAAAUUAAUGAGGGUCCCACUGUCUCUUCUUCCAAUAAUGUCAACAACAAUGGCAUCACCAUUAAUGCAACAUUUAACAAAGAGAUUGAAAAGAAGGUGGUGGCCACAGUUUUUGACGUGCCCAAGAGGCUAACAUGCAAGUGGUCUACUGGGGCAGGUCCCAGGAUCGGGUGUGUGCGUGACUACCCUGGACACCUUCAAAUAAGGGCCUUGGAGCAUGUUAACCUAUCUCCAAGGCCUGCUUCUGCACGCCCAUAUAGUUAUGGCCCAAUUCCUUCUCCAAGGCCCAGCCCAAAAGUUAGAAUGUCUCCAAGGCUUGCUUACAUGGGCUUGCCCAGCCCACGCACCUCAAUUCCUGCCACAAGUUAAGUGCCUGUUUGUGUGGAUGUUUCUAAGGGAGUUUGCAUCAUCCCGAGGCACCAACGCAAAAGACCAAAGUUCGUUAUUUCUGCGUUUUAUUCAUUGGAAAGAGUGAAAAUUGGUGACAAGUUGGAAACAAACAUAGCCUAACAGCAAAAUCAUGGUUGGGAAUUAUAUAUGGCUAGGCUCACACAUGUAUACACUUGUCCCCAUAAUGACAAAAAAUGUGUUAGUUAUGAUGAAAAUUGAGGUGACACCAAGAGAGACUUUUAAUUCUAUCUCUCUAAUUUUUUAUUUAAUUUUUUUAUUCUUGGGUUAACCGAGGCAUUUUAUUAACCCUAUUUGUCUUUGGUUCUUUUUUUUUUUUGGAAAGAUCACUCAGUUAAUUCUUCAUUGUAAGUAGAGUACAAAAUUUCUAAUUAAACAUUAGAUAUUUUUUAUCUGUAAUAAAAAUUCAGCUAUUAAGAACAA